AGUGUAGUGGAAAUGAAGCAGUGUUAGACAAUGGCAGUGUAGCGGAAUUUUGGUUAAUGUGUAGCGACUAUAGGUCAUACAGUUGGCAACACUGAGAAACAAAACAAACCUAUUUAGUUUUAAUUUGAGGGUUAGGAAAAGAAAAUCAGUGGUGAUUGUUUAUUGAUGACACCGUUUUAAUAGAAAUGGAAGAAAGCAUAGUUACGCAAGAUUUACCCAUGGACAAUAACUCUAACGGCAAUUCUAGUGAUUGUGAUUUCAGGAUACAAAAAAUUCAAGAGCUAUCAACACCUAUUUUACAAAGUAUAACUCCCGAUUAUUUAAUUAAUUUCACAUACUAUAACACAAGGUAUUUCGAAGAUCGAUAUUUCAUAAAUUUCUGCAAUAGCGGCAAACGAAAAGUCUAUGACGACAUUCUUGUAAGGAUUCACACAAAUAAAUUGCUACUUAUUGCCUUAGCAAGUGGCCACAGUCUCAUGUCAAAGGAAAAAGAUAUUGUUGAAGUCACUUUUGUUGUCAAUAAAACAGACCGUUCAAAUAUCAAAACUAAAGGAAAAAGAAAAUUAGGAGCUCGAGAGGUACACCCAGAUACAAUAUUAUGUCAAGUUCGACUAGAUGGUGACUCUAAUAUGUUUAACAUUCGAGCAGGUGUUAGAGGAUAUUUAGUUGAAAUUAAUGAGCAAAUUAAAAAAUAUCCCAACUUACUGAAGACUGAUCCAAAAGGGAAUGGAUUUCUAGCAGUUAUGAUGCCAAAGGGACCUCUAAGUGAAAUUGAGCGAAAUGUUACUAAUAUGAAUUUGAUAAAAGAAAAUUUUUACUUGGAAUACAUAAAAAAAAGAGCUGUUACUGAAUAAAAAAUCCACGACAAAA